AUGGGCGCAUCAUCGUCGAAACCCAUAAAGGCGGCAGCUAAUGCAGCUGCACGGCGUCAAUACCCCAAGAAACCCUCCGCACCGACCACCGGGCCCGGUGGUGCCAGAGCCGCGGACCCAGCGGCCAGGGCAUCAAGCCGACGGGAACAGCCAGGACCAGUAUUCCAUGCAGAAGAGAAGGCGAGCGCUGUAAGAUUAGAAGCCAUCGACCUCGAAGCCCGCGAUCCUCAGUUCGCCGCCUCCCUCCGCUCCAUCGGGCCCGUCACCCCCAACCCUUUCAACCAACCCCAAAACCCGCAGCUUCAGCAAUCCCUCUCCAUCGUCUUCCCCCCCUCCACCUCCUCCUCCACAUCCUCCAACCCAGCCCUCCUCGUUCUCUCCUCCCGCGCCCGGUUAGAGAAGGCUGCCGAACUCGAACUCGAGUCCGUUGGCCGACCGAGCCAUCCCGGGCGCGAGUUUUUGGAUGUCGUGAGUAUUAGGCAUAUUUUGGCGAUGAGGGAUAAGGGAGGGGUGUCGGAGGAGGUGAUUGAGAGGCAGUUUCGGCUGAAGAAGGGGGUUGUGCGGUCGUUGGGGGGAAGGGGGGUAGUAGGGCUUGUUCGGUGA